AAUUUUUCAUGUUCCCAUUUAAAAUUAGAACUAGUAGUGUAGGACGGACGGAACACACACAGAGAAUAGGAAAACAAAAGAAAUAGAACCUCCUCUCUGUUUAAUGGCGGUGAGGUUUCCGAUUCCUUUGUAAAAACCAUAAAACCGCUUUUAUAGGAGGAAACAGUUUGAUUAAGAAGAAGAAAGCGAGCAAGUUGAUGGAGAAUUUGGGAAAAAGAAGAACUGAAUCGACUGAUCAGUUACAAUCUCCGGUUGAUAAAAAGGCGUGUAGUUCUUCAGAAGAAUCGGAGAAGCUUGAAUCUUCGUCGUCGUUACAAACACAUAUGGGUUCAACAACUAGUAAUCAACAGCAGUUUGUGGAUGAGGAUACUGUGAUGGAGGAUGCGGAAACGGAAGUGGAGUCGACUGCACCGGCGACGACAUCAGCAUCGACAUCGGUUUCUGGUAGAUCAGAAGAUGAGGAGGAGGAGGAUUAUUCUGAUGGUGGUGGUGGGAAUGAUGAAUUGACUGAAAAAGAGAGGGUUUAUCAGGAACAUAGUGACAGAAGAAAUCCUAGUGAUCAAGAGAAAUUUACUAUGGUUUUGAAGAGUUUGAGUGAUGAGAAUACUGAUGUGUCUGGACAAUUGUCAUCACUUACUGAAUUAUGUGAUGUGUUAUCUUUUUGUACAGAGAGUUCGAUUUCUGGGAGUACGGCAGCUGCGUUGUCGCCCCUUUUGGUUAAGUUGGCUAGACAUGAAAGUAAUCCAGACAUUAUGUUGUAUUCAAUUAGGGCAAUUACUUAUUUGGUUGAUGUUUUGCCGGGGAUAUCUGUAUUACUUGCUAGAGUUGAUGCUGUUCCUGCAAUUUGUGAGAGAUUAAUGGCUAUUGAGUACAUGGAUGUUGCUGAACAGUGUUUGUUAGCAUUAGAGAAGAUUUCGGCGGAUCAACCUGUUGCGUGUUUGGAAGCUGGUGCGAUUAUGGCUGUUCUUAGUUUUAUAGAUUUCUUCUCUUCGAGUCUCCAGAGGGUUGCAACCAGUACUGUUGCUAAUGUCUGCAAGAAACUCUCGUCCGACGCUUCGUCACAUUUCAUGGAUGCCGUUCCUGCUUUGUGCAAUCUUCUUCAGUAUGAAGACCCAAAGCUUCUUGCGAAUGUAAUUACUUGUUUAUUUAGAAUAACGGAGACCGUCAGCAAUUCUCCUAUUAUGGUGGAUCAACUUUGCGAGCAUCGAUUGAUUCAGUCAGUAAUACCUCUUAUAGCUAUGGGUAGUCAAACCAGCUUCAACCAGUCAAUCUAUAGUCAUCUGAUUGGGAUUCUUUCUAGACUUGCAUCUGGUUCCGCUAAUGCUGUCAAGAUACUUCUUGAGCAAAAAAUAAGUUGCAUAUUGAAGAAUAUUUUAUCAAGUUAUGACGUCUCACACAGCAAAGCCUCUUCCCUUGGGGAUGGUGAUGCAAAGUCCAACCAGGUAUUUGAAGUUUUGAAGUUGCUUAAUGUGCUUCUUCCUCUUGUCGGGGGCGAAAAGUCGUCAAGUAAGGAAAAGGUUUUAAAGGACCAACCUGAACUUCUGAGGCGUUUUGGUAUGGACAUUGUUCCCACUUUGGUUGAGGUUGUAAAUAAUGGUGCAAAUCUACAAGUUCGUGACGGCUGUGUUUCUGUAAUCAACAAGUUAGUCAAUGUUAGCAGAUCUGAUAUUCUCUUUGACAUACUUGAUAAUAGCAACAUAUCGAGUUUUCUCGCGGGUGUGUUUGCUAGGAAGGAUCACCAUGUGCUGAUAUCAGCUUUAAAUAUCGUGCAGACUAUCCUUAAAGAGCUUCCAGAUAUGUUCUUGAACUCUUUUGCGAAGGAGGGUGUUGUUUACGCCAUAGAUGCAAUUCUAACACCAGAAAAGCUUACAAACUCCAGUAACAAUCAGAUCUCAUCUGGCUCGCAGCAAAAAUCAAAUGUGAACGAUAGUGUUAGAUGCUUAUGUUACAAUCUUAACAUAGGUAAGCCUCGAUCUUCAGAAAUAGGAAAGUGCAAGCUUGAGAAAGAUUCCAUUCACACUUUGGCGAAGCAGAUCAAGGAAACUUACUUUGCUGUUGAAUCACAAACUUCUGAGAUAGGAUUGACCGAAACUCUUCAGAAGCUUAGAAAGUACUCGGCAACACUAAAUGAUAUGGUGAAUCUGUCCAUGAGUAACAAUAUUUGGCCUGGUUUGGAAGAGAACUUGUUUCACACCCUGGGUCAAAUAGUGAUGGAGCUUAGUGAUGGUGAUUCUGUGUCAACAUUUGAGUUUAUUGAAAGUGGAAUAGUGAAAUCUUUACUAAAUUAUUUUUCCAAUGGCCAGUACCUGAAAGGAAAAGUUAUAGAGCAUCACGGGCUAUCAGAUUAUUCACUUGUUAUAAUGAAGAGGUUUGCAAAUUUUGCUAGUUUCUCUUUGUCAUCAACGAGCUUACGUUGGGAGGGAACGCCUCUAGCAGUCCUUGUAAGGAAACUGCAAGCUGCAUUGUCUUCUUUGGAGAACUUCCCGGUUAUUCUAAAUCAGAUUUCAAAACUAAGGGCUGUGCAUGCUGCUAUUCCAACUAAGCACGCCACCACACAUCCGUGUUUAAAGGUUCGGUUCGUGAAGGAAGAGGGAGAGACAGAUUUUUGUGAUGAUUCUUUAGAUACCGUGAGUAUUGAGCCUUUUACCUCUUUUGAUGCCAUUGAAAGAUAUUUGUGGCCCCAGAUCAGUGCCAGGAGAAAUGACGCUCAAACAACGUCUGCUGUAAAUACUGCAGGCGAAUCAGAAAAUGAUUCCAGAAAGACAGGUACCCCUAAAAGGCAGAAGUCAGUUGAUGAGAGUUCUGCAUCUGCCGUUAAAGAACAUCACGAAUCACGUGGUGUUGACGAUUGCCAUCAGAAGCUGAAAUUUUUCUUAGACGGAAGAGAGCUAGAUUUGAGAUUGACCCUUUAUCAAGCAAUUUUUCAGUUACAAAUGAAGGAUGAAAAUGAUAUGAUCGCAGGCAAAAACUUUUGGUCCGAAGUAUUUAAUAUUACAUUUAGAAGGGCUGCUGAAGUAAUGGAAAGUAGUACUGACGGUUGUCUCGAAGGAACUCAGAUUUCUAUUAUGCAAAAUUAUCCAGGGAAGUUUUACCAGAAUUUGUUGUGUCUCUCCGGUAUGCUGACAGUUGAACUUCCGUAUAAUUUGGAAAAGUCAGAUCCAGUUUACGAGAUACUUCUUCUUCUGAAAAUUUUGGAAGUUAUAAACAAGUCAACUGGUCACCUGAUGUCUCAUGAAAGGAUCAAAGCUUUUGCAGAAGGGAAAAGUGAUGACUUGGACAGUUUAGCGGUAUCAGUCUGUCCAGUUCCGCAGAGCGAGUUCGUGAGCAGUAAAUUGACUGAAAAGUUAGAACAGCAGAUGGCAAACCCUCCGGCUGUAGCUGCUGGGGCAAUGCCAGCAUGGUGCAGCCAACUAAUGGCUGAGUGCCCCUUCCUAUUUAGUUUUGAAGCAAGGAACAAAUACUUCUUAUUGACAGUAAUUCGUUCUCCACUAGUUCUAUCUCAUUCCUCUUCAACAUCUUCUAGUAAUAACUCAAGUCCUGGCAGCGAUAGGCGCUCACUCGUUGGUAACUUUACUCGGAAAAAAUAUCGGAUUCCCCGGACCCACAUCCUACACUCUGCUGCACAAAUGAUGGAUGCUCAGGCCGACAAGGUUACACUUGAAGUGGAAUACAGUGGAGAGGUUGGUACCGGUCUGGGUCCAACUCUGGAAUUUUAUACAUUGGUAAGUCACGAAUUUCAGAAGCUAGGCUUGGGUAUGUGGAGGGAAGAUCGCAGUUUCCCCAGUUCAGGGAAAAAGGUAGAACCUGGAUGUGUAGUUGCUCCUUCUGGACUUUUCCCUCGCCCUUGGUCAGCUACGAUGGAAUUGUCAAAUGGGGUUAAGUUUUCUGAGGUGUUGAAGAGAUUUGUCCUUCUCGGAAAGAUUGUAGCCAAGGCACUGCAGGAUGGAAGAGUUCUCGACCUUCCCUUAUCUAAAGCUUUUUAUAAGCUUGUUCUGGAUCAGGAUCUCAACAUACAUGAUAUCCUGUCACUUGAUCCUGGGCUUGGAAGGGUUCUGCUAGAGUUUCAGGCUCUUGUUGAUAGGAAGAGAAUUUUGAGCCCUAUAUCUGCUUUCUAUUUCAGGAAUACAAAGAUUGAUGAUCUUUGUUUAGAUUUUACUCUACCUGGGUAUCCAGAUUACCUGCUUACGUCCAGCCAAGAUCAUAGGAUGGUAAACACAGCCAACUUGGAAGAAUACGUUUCACUGAUCGUGGAUGCAACUUUGAAUUCUGGAAUUUUGAGGCAAGUAGAAGCUUUUAAAUCUGGAUUUAAUCAGGUGUUUCCGUUAACAAGUCUCAAAGUAUUUACUGGGGAGGAGAUCGAUCGUUUAUUAUGUGGAGAACAAGAUGCUUGGACUUCGAAUGAGCUUUUGGAUCACAUCAAAUUUGAUCAUGGCUACACAGUUAGCAGUCCUCAGAUCAUUUAUUUGCUGGAAAUUAUGAAGGACUUGCAGCGUGAUCAACAGCAAGCUUUCAUUCAGUUUGUAACUGGAGCACCUCGACUUCCACGUGGAGGCUUAGCAGCUUUAAACCCUAAGAUGACAAUUGUCCGCAAGCAUUCAAACGAAUGGGCUGAUGGGGACUUGCCCAGUGUGAUGACUUGUGCCAACUAUCUGAAACUUCCUCCUUAUUCUACCAAGGAUAUAAUGAAGGAGAAGUUGCUUUAUGCUAUAACUGAAGGACAGGGUUCUUUCCACUUGUCUUAGCUUUUCAUCCUCUGGACAGGCACAUAAAUCUGUGAAUUUGUAAUUAUCAGUCGUAGUUGUGGUGGGUUAUGUAGAUAGAAGAAGGAACUGGCGGGUUUUUUGGCUAAAUGAUCGUGGUGGUCAGGCCUCUGAAGUUGAGCUGAUUGUGUGAGAACAGAAGGAAGCCCUCAGGUGGUAGUGGUUUAGAUAGUUGCUGACAAGGAGCAAUCUGGAAUGAAUUGCCUCAAAUUCUUGACCAAGUGGAAGAAAGAAAAAAAGAAAGAAAUUGUACAUGGUAUAGAAAAGUAGUGAUCCUACUAUUUUGGUGUAUAAAGUUAGAUUAUAUAUAUAUGAUGAAGUGUACAGGGGUCCUCUUUAGAACGCUUUUUAAGGUAGUUUUCAUUUUGUUUUUGAAAAUGGUAUGGAAUUUAAGGUUUGUGAACCCUACCCUACUGUAUUUGUUCCCAUCUGUUUUUUUGUACUGCAGGGGAGAAGUAUUUGGUAAGAAAUUUCAAUAGAGUUGGGCUCCAUAAUUAUUUUUAUCAGUGAAA